UAAGAUUCAAACUCGCAACCUUUGGGUUGCUAGAUGUUCGCUUUAUAUGUUAUGAUAUGUUAUGAAUCCUAGCUAGAUGGCUAACGUUAGCUAGGCUAGGGGUUAAGGUUAGGAGUUAGCUAACCCUUUAACCUAACAUUCUAAAUAGUUGCAAUGUAGCUAAAAAGUAGUAAGUAGUUGAAAAAUGGCUAAUUAGCUAAAAUGAUAAAAUUGUCCGUGAAAAGAUUCGAACUCGCAACUUUUGGGUUGCCAGAUGUUCGUAAUAUAUGCAACCAUACCAAAUGUAACAUAUCAUACUAUACUAAACAAAAAUAUCAAUGCAAUAUGCAACAAUUUCAACAAUUUACAAAUUGGUCUGGAGUUGUGAGGCCGGUUGGACGUACUGCCAAAUUCUCUAAAACAACAUUGGAGGUGGCUUAUGGUAGAGAAAUGAACAUUCAAUUCUCAGGCAACAGCUCUGGUGGACAUUCCUGCAGUCAGCAUGCCAAUUUCACACUCCUUCAACACUUGAGACAUCUGUUGCAUUGUGUUGUGUGGCAGAACUGCACAUUUUAGAGUGACCUUUUAUUGUCCCCAGAACGAGGUGCACCUGAGUACUGAUAAUGCUAUUUAAUCAGCUUCUCGCUUUGCCACAUCUGUCAGGUGGAUUGAUUAUCUUGGCAAAGGAUAAAUGCUCACGAACAGGGAUGGAAACAAAUUUGUUCACUAAAUCUGAGGGUAACACGUUUUUUUUGCGUUUGACCAAUUUCUGGGAUCUUUUAUUUCUGCUCAUGAAACAUGGGACCAACACUUUACAUGAUUAGUUUGUAUUUUUGUUAAGUAUAAUUUUAGUGUCCCGGAUUUACGUUUACUAUGUUACGUCUGCUGUAUGAGACAAGGCUGGGAUAGCACUAACCAUUCUGUGAGCUAUGCGAUGCUGCAAAGCGCACCGUGCGUAGAUCAGCAAAGCGCAGAAUCUUCGCAGUGGAUGGAGGCAAACGGAGUAAUGAAAGAUGCUUUAGCCUAGAUGAAUCUAACGGGCAUUUCGUGGACAGCUGUGUGUCAGUAAAAAUUGACACUUUGAAGCGAGUGGUGCAGUGGAUGAUAUUCUGAUGGGUUGUGGAGGAAGCCGGUCCGACACAAUAAUCGAACCGAGGUAUCAUGAAAGCUGGACCCGAGAAACCGAGUCGACAUGGCUCACCAAUACAGACGCCGAGGCUGCUCUUUCUACUAUCAACAGUAAAGGGCUGGAGGGUAUUCAGAAGGAGAAGAGGAUGAUGGUGACCACAGGGACCCAGUGUGGGAAGCAGACCCUCACCAGCUCUGGACCCAACCACUGGCGGUCCUGCCACGAUAUAGGCCUCACUCAAACAAAAAAAGAGUCCAGAAGGAGAGCAUCUAAAGAGGUGCCGGCUCUGUCUAAAGCGGUCCAGUCUGUCAGUGGCAGUGGAGACACCGUCCCACUCAGUCAGGCCGGUGAUGAAAGGUGAAAACAGCCAGAGGAGGUUGGAGAACGAUGAUCUACUGUCUGGUUGAGCUGGAAUAGGCCUGGAGGGUUGAGCUGGAAUAGGCCUGGAGGGUUGAGCUGGAGUAGGCCUGGAGGGUUGAGCUGGAAUAGGCCUGGAGGGUUGCAGAGUCCGGAUUCCUGGUGACAAAUGUUGCUUGUGUCCCAAAUGGCACCCGAUUCCCUAUGUAGUUCCAUAUGUAGUGCUCUUGUCACGACUUCUGCCGAAGUCGUUGCCUCUCCUUGUUCGGGCGGUGCUCGGCGUUCGACGUCACCGGUCUUCUAGCCAUCAUUGAUCCUUUUUUCAUUUUCCAUUGGUUUUGUCUUGUCUUCCCACACACCUGUUUUCAAUCCCAUUCAUUACCUGUUGUGUAUUUAACCCUCUGUUUCCCCUCAUGUCUUUGUCAGAGAUAGUUUUAUUGUCAGUGUAGUGUGAUUGUUGUAUAGGUGCGCGUCGGGUCCUCGUACCCAUGUUUGUUUGUUUAUGUACAUUUAGUGUUAUGGAGCAUACUCCGUGGACUUUAUUAAAAGACUCCAUUUUACACUCCAUUUGACUCUCCUGCGCCUGACUUCCCUGCCACCUAUUACACCUAUGCAUGACAGCUCUAUGUAUUACCCUAUGUAGUGCUCUAUGUAGUUCCCCAUGUAGAGCUCUAUGUACCCUACAUUACUCAUCUCAUAUGUAUAUACUGUACUCGAUACCAUCUACUGCAUCUUGCCUAUGCCAUUCUGUACCAUCACUCAUUCAUAUCUUUAUGUACAUAUUCUUUAUCCCUUUACACUUGUGUGUAUAAGGUAGUAGUUUUGGAAUUGCUAGUUAGAUUACUACUGCACUGUCGGAGCUAGAAGCACAAGCAUUUCGCUACACUCGCAUUCACAUCUGCUAACCAUGUGUAUGUGACAAAUACAUUUGAUUUGAUUUGAUGUAGUUCCCUAUGUAGUGCUCUAUGUAGUUCCCUAUGUAGUGCCCUAUGUAGUUCCUUAUGUAGUGCUCUAUGUAGUGCUCUAUGUAGUUCCCUAUGUAGUGUUCUAUGUAGUUCCCUAUGUAGUGCCCUAUGUAGUUCCCUAUGUAGUGCUCUAUGUAGGGAAUAGAGUGCCAUUUGGGAUGCAUUCUUUAUCUUCACCCCAGGGGCGUCAAUUGGGUAAGGCAGACAUACCCUAGUUUAACGCCAACAAUUUAAAAUAGGCUACUAAAAUCAGUCCAAUCCCCAGUAAAAGGCAAAUGUAGUUUAGUGGGUAUUGAUGACUGACUUUAGGACUAUACGGAGGCCAGGGAGCGGGAGGGAAAGCUGUUUGUAUGGCUGGCUGGCUGGUUGGCUUUAUGAAGAGGGCACACAGCUGCAGGGGACUUUUUCUCAAAACAGUGCAGAGUUAAGAUGUCUUUGACUAGGUAACUGAUGUUUGACUUGACAUGAAACUAGACUAGAGUUUUAAUCCCUGUGCUGAGUUAGUGUGUAGCAGCUAAUUACUGAAUGACGUGUUUUGUAGAAUGUUAAGUCCCCUAUUGACUGAGGUGAACGGUGCUACAGGAACACGGUGGUAAUGGCUGGAGUCAAUUUAGCUUGUUUUUGCUGUUCUCCCAUUUGCUUUUAAGAAUUUUUACAUUUUGUAGAAAUAAAGUAAAUGAGCUUCAA